AAUAUUCAAUCACUAAUUAUUAAUCCGACGGUUGUAUUGAUCGGAAGUUGGGGGCUGAGCAGUUUUCAUAUAUAUAUAUAUAUAUGGCGUUGAAAGUACUGUCGGCGCUUGACACGGCACGAACACAAUGGUACCACUUCAAGGCCAUAAUCAUAGCAGGCAUGGGGCUCUUCACAGACGCCUACGACCUCUUCUGCAUACCACCAAUCAUGAGACUCCUCGGCCGAAUCUAUUACCAGAACCCCAAACACCCCAAUGACCCCAGAUUCCAAGUCCCGCCGGCCAUCGUUUCCAUCAUGGUGGGCAUGUCCCUUCUCGGCACCGUCAUGGGCCAGCUCGUCUUCGGCCGCCUCGGCGAUCUCAUAGGCAGGCGCCGGGUCUACGGCAUGUCGCUCUUGCUGAUGGUGCUCAGCGCCAUAGGCUGCGGCUUCUCCAUUUGCACCAAGAGGGGCUGCGUUCUCGCAAGCCUGGGGUUCUUCCGGUUCCUCCUCGGCGUGGGGAUCGGCGGAGACUAUCCGUUAUCGGCCACCAUCAUGUCCGAGUUCGCUAACAAGAAGACACGUGGCUCGUUUAUAGCGGCUGUGUUUUCGAUGCAGGGUAUUGGGAUUCUUGCCAGCUCCAUGGUGACCAUGAUCGUUUGCAAGAUAUUCGAGGCGUUGUCGAGUGGUGGUAGUAGCAGUGAUGUGACGAAGAUGGCUACGCCGGAGGAGGCUGAUAUUGCUUGGAGAAUCAUAGUCAUGAUUGGUGCCAUCCCCGCUGCCAUGACCUAUUAUUGGCGUAUGAUGAUGCCUGAAACUGCCAGAUAUACAGCUCUGGUGGAGCAAAAUGUGGUACAAGCAGCCAAGGACAUGGAGAAAGUGUUAGAUGUUUCGAUGAGCCAAAUCACAGAAGACGGACCAGUCCCGAACAACCCAACACAGCUCUACCCUCUCUUCUCCAAAAGAUUCUUCCGCCGCCAUGGACGCGACCUCUUCGCCUGCUCCGCCGCCUGGUUCCUCGUCGACAUCGUCUUCUACAGCAACAACCUCUUCCAGUCCCACAUAUACGACAGCUAUCUCAAACCGGUCAACCAAGUCAGCGCCUUCAGAGACGCAUUCGACGUGGCCAAACUCCAAGCCAUCGUAGCCAUCUGCUCCACCAUCCCAGGCUACUGGUUCACAGUCUACUUCAUCGACCGAAUCGGAAGAGUCAGGAUCCAACUCAUGGGGUUUCUCGUCAUGGCCGUCGUCUACAUCUCCAUCGGAAUACCUUACUACAGCUUCUGGGACAACCACGACCACCGUACGGGAUUCAUGGUGUUGUACGGUCUGACCUUCUUCUUCGCCAACUUCGGCCCCAACACCACCACUUUCAUAGUGCCGGCCGAGCUUUUCCCGGCGAGGUUCAGGUCCACGUGUCAUGGAAUAUCUGGGGCUUCCGGGAAGGUGGGGGCCAUAGUUGGGUUAGGGUUCUUGUGGGCUUCACAUAACAGAGAGGAGGAGGGAUACCCUAGAGGAAUCGGAAUGAUUGCGUCGAUGGUGAUUAUGGGAGGAGUGUGCUUGGUGGGAAUGGUGGUGACUUAUUUUUUCACGGUGGAAACCAAGGGGAGAUCGUUAGAAGAGAAUGAGAAUGAUAUUGAUGAAGGUGAUUAUAAUAAGGGAAGGUGUUUUGUGAGAUUUUUCAAGUGUGAUUUUGGGCACACUACUACUACUACUACGUAUAACCCUCAACCUCAAUCAUCAACUUAAUUAUAUAUAUAUACAUAUAGCUCUUUAUUUUUCUUAUUAUUUCCAUACUUAGAUAUACAAUAUAUUACUUGAUUUAUAUUAUUUAUUAUUAGCAUGUAAAAAAGGGGUUUUGAUGCAAGA